CUUGAGAACCACGGUCCACCGGUAUGAAUUGAAAUCAUACGCAAGUUUAGUUUCAGAUUUACUCCACGGCCACACCGCAUGCUCACCUCACUACGGUGGGCCAUGGACAGAAAGUUUUGGGACAAAUUAUUCGUUACAAAGUGGGUAAGAAGCAAAUACGUUUUUGGAGGAAUGCCUUGUAGUGUUGCAUAAUUUGACACUCUUAAAAGAGUUUUUGAACAGACCGCUUGUCUUACAGUAUGGGCCUUGAAAGAAAGUUGUAUGACAAAAAGUUUUUAAAUAUUGGUUGAAUUUAAAAAUGGUAACGUGAGUCCAAUCAAUAGUAGAAGUUUGACAUUGAAUACGAUUGAGUACGAGGUACAACAUUGGUUCGAUUUGAUUGAAGGAACUUAGCGAGCACGAGGGAAUAUCUGCAAUGUGAUAUGCAUAAGAGAUAUAACCACAAUUGUUGCUGUAAGUAAUGCUUGUUAUUGGUCAAUUCACUGACAUUCCUCUUAAUCCUCUUUUAAUAGCUUUCCAUUUGAGGAGCCAGAAAAGAAGAACUUUAAAUCGACAAUCUGAUUCUAGUUUUACUCCGAGCAUUGAAUUUAAUAUAUAUAGAAAUAGAGUAUAAUAUAAUGUAGAAAAUAUUGAUUAUGCACUAUGCACCUCAUAUUUUUGAUGAGAAAUUCGUAAUGAAUUAGUUGCCAUUGAACCUCUAAUUUUACUUUUUUUACAGAUAAUUUUUUCGAACAACCUCCAGAACUCGCCUGCGGCAUAUGUGACAAAGAGAGCUGAUAAGAUGAGACAACCGCAAAUUCAAUACACAGGCAAAUUCAUGAGCAAAGGCACCGACGUGUAUCAAAGUGUUGAAGACGACGAUGCCUCAGACGGUGUAUACCUGUGUCCACAACUCGCUCCUUUCUUCUUAUUACCCAUCGGCCCUUUAUCAGAAUGUUACUUCCUUUACUUUUGGUACACCCGAAUCCAAAAGCUCUACGACAACCUCCUGAGUCAGGAGCUUGCAGAUUUCAUCCUAGGAUACAUGGUGCGUUUUGUGAGUCAGGGCGUCAGCUGGCUUAGGAGCUGGCAGCUUAUUGAUUUUAGUAUAUCCGUUGUCGAGGAUGCUAUCCUUAUCGUAUGGUCGCGGGCUGUCGAGAACUUUUUCUUCAGCAGAAUGCGAAAGCGGCAUCGCAUAUUUGAUUUUUUCAGCAACCUGACUUACAUGGGCAUAGGUAUGGAUUUGCACGGGCGGUGGUACAAACAUGACAAGGAGACUCGGAUGAAUCGGUCCAAGGGUGUGAUUUCGAUGCUUUGGAAUAAAGAUGACUUGAACAUGAGCUUCGUGGAAUACUGGAUCCAUAAACUGACAAUCCAACCUCUGAAGCCGAGAGGUGCCUUAUGGGAUCAUUUUUCGAUGUUCCGGGUAUUUUACAAUAAAAGCUAUGAUCCAAUUGAAUUCUUUCAGCGCAUGAUGGUCUUCGGUCAGAACCUGAGACUUAUCCGGUUAUUGAACGAUAAAGAGCAAGGGACUGCUUACUAUGGCGUUUCACAAUUCUCCGAUUUAACCGUUGAUGAGUUCGCUAAAAAAUUUGGCGCUUACAAUUCCUCUGCGGACAAUGUGAAUGCGUAUUUAAAUCGAGAAAUUGAUCCCGUCAUGGACAAAAUCCCUACUUCUUUCGACUGGCGCAACAUACACAGUGUUGCAUUUGAUCCUAAAGAUUACAGAGACUGUGCUGCUGCUUGGGCUUACACUGUAGUUGACAAUAUUGAAACGUUGUAUGCUAUUAAAUAUGGCUGGCCGAAAAAAUUUUCAGAUCAGCAGGUCAUUGACUGUGAUCGGAAAUCAAAGGGUUGUAAAGGUGGGAGUGUGAGCAAUGCCUAUCAAUACAUUUACAAAGCUGGCUUAACGGGGAGAAACAAUUAUACGUUUCGAGGUUACCAAGAAAAAUGCUAUUACCACCCAUCAAUGUCCGUUGUGGAGAUUCAAAGGGGUUUUCUGUACGUGCCACCGGACGAGGAAAAAAUACGCAACUUUAUUUACAGCUACGGCCCAGUCACAGCACGAGUCAACAUUGGCCCAUUGCAAUUCUACAAAAAAGGCAUAAUCCGUUGCAAUCACGAAGUGUGCAACCCAAACGUGCAAAACUAUGUAGUGAAUUUAAUUGGUUACGGGACCGUCACCGCACAAGCAAUGAAAAGAAAUAAUUCUGACCCUAUGCCUUAUUGGACUGGAAAAAAUUAUUGGAGUUCUGAGUGGGGUGAGAAGGGAUUUUUCCGGCUGUACAGAGGUGAAAACCAAAUCGGAGUGUCAAACUUCGUUACCGCACCGGCCCUUACCUAACGUAUUUUGACCUUACCUGACGGAAUUUGACAUCACAAAAUUUGCAAUUUUUAAAAUGCUGUAAGAACAAUUUUUUCAGGGAGUAAGCUCUUAAUGCAGAAAACAUGUAAAUAUCACACCAAAAUUUGACAAAUAUAUCAGCUUGACUAGACUCUCUUUCCAAUUUCAUGAUUAUAUCGUAAAAAAGAACUGAUUCACAAGGAAAUCAGAAAAUUCCGAUUAGUCAUAAUGUGAUGAAUAGUUGGUGAGCAGAAAAAGAGUAACAUUUUGAAGGGUAUAAAUAAAGGGAGAGGCACGUAGGAAAAAGGAGU